GCCUGAGAGUGGGGUGUGGGAGAAGGGGCUGAUCCUGGGGUGGGGCUGAUCGUGGGCCAGGGUCCACCCAGCCCUCUACUCUGCCCCCUCCAUCCCGCAGGCCUGGAGAUGCAGGGUUCCCACCAGGAGAUGGAGCGACCAGCGCUGCCAGGCCAUGGCCAAGGGUGAGAAUGUCACGAAUCCUGUACGGCGCCAGCCGGAGGCUGAGGGAGGUCGUUGGCGGCGGUCGCCCGAGGCAGGGCUGCAUGUGGCAGGCAGUACUCAGCUCCUCAUGCUGCAUUGGCCUGAGAGUGAUGUGGGUGGCAGCAGGCGUUAUCAUGUGCUCACGCUCAGUCCAAGUUGUCGCACGGUCCUGCCAGCUAUGAUGUAGAGGGGCUGGAGCCGUCUGCAGUCAGCCAACAGCUCUUUUGUGGGCCAAGCCCCGGCAUCGCACCAGAGCUUUGAGUCAGCUGCAUUGUAAUACUGGGCAGUGGCUCUUUCUUAAUUCCAGCACCUGCACCAUACUGUAGCCCGUGAGAACUGUUUUUUAUCUCUUUGGAGCAGUCCCACGAUAGCUGAAUGUGUGCGACUUAAAACCGAAGCUCUGUCUUUGCUACACAUCCUUUACUGCUCGAACGUGCAGGUGCUGGUGCUUCAAGUGCAGUUAACACAUCAUAAGUGUAACGUAUGUCAAGGCACUCCGAUUAACGUGAUCAGAGAGGCAUAAGCAAUCAUAGGUGCCAGCCAUUGCUUUGAUAGACAAAAGCUUGUGCCUUUCUGAAUGUGUUCGUCUCUAAGGUUCUACCAUAAGCAGAACCCUCAGCGACUGUGCCCUGAAAAACCGCACCUAAUGCCUGCAGCGGGGAACAAGCCAUGUGCAUCAUUGGGUCGGGCAGGUUCAGGGCAAGUUCCUACAAACUGAAACAGUUUACUGCUUCGGAAUAUGUCCUGUGAGGUGUUUGGCCGUGUAGGAGGAGGUAAGACAAUAGCUUGAAGAGGAGAAUGAGGAAAUGGAAAGACCAUAGAAAGGAGGGAAAGAAGUACAUGUAGGGAAGCAUAAGUAUUCAACUGAAGGGAUAAUUGACAGGACAUGCACAUAAUAAGGGUUUAUGAAAACAAAACUAGAUUUAUCUCCGUAUGUAAAGGCAGUUUGUGAAGUUCUGUAUUGAUUAUACGUGGUUCCAAAACCAUAUCCAUGGAUGAGGAUAUAUUGUCUCUUGGUACCUGGAGGUAAUGUUUCCAUAAAUCAAGUUAUUGUAGAACUUCAUCUGUCACCAGCCAACUUAAAAUGGCCCAGGUACUUGAAAUUCCCAGUUUUGGAAGCAAUAUAGCCACAAGAGUGUGGUGCUGGAACCAGUUCGAUGAGCACUGUUGCCUAGUUCAUGGUUGUCUAGCUGGCAGACCGUGUCUCCUGAAGGGUUUGCAUGCAACCUGUAGGCUUCCAGCUGCCACUUCCCUACCAUCAGUUGCUCCUGCCCCAGUGGGUAGGAGUGAGCUAGAGUGCCUGAGCUGCUGGCAGCAAAGGGAGCCAGGCUGCCCACGCUGUAGGUGGGUAGUACGUGAAGCCAGGAGAGCAGGCGUGGGUGGGUUCUGUGCACAUGGCAUGUAUGGGGAGGUGGGGGUCAAGGAAGGUGCCUGUGUGGCACUCAUAGCCGGGGGUAGAUCCAGGCUGCUUGUGCUAUGUAUUCAGCAUGGAAGGGGUACUGGGCUGCCUGACUUCCCCCCACUUCCAGCUGUGCACACUGUGCAUGCAGACCACUCUCCUCAGGUGCUAUGUGGGUAGGGCCAGGCUUCCUGUGCUGCAUGGGUAUGGGGGAGCUGUGCAAGCAGCCCUUUGCAAGAAGGGUCGGGCAGAGCACUCUUCAGAUUGCAUGCUGGAAGGGAACUGCAGAGCACCCACCCACCUGCGUAGGUCUGUGGCCUGUGUAUAGUGUAGCUUCUACGUCUGUAGUCUCCAGUUCCCCAAAAUUUAGACAGCCCUGACCUAGAUAGUCAGGGCACAGUACUGCACUGCUGUCACUAUACUGCUUCUGUUUCUAGGGUUGGCUCUGGUGUCUGCACAGCACUGCCUUAUGCCAUGCAGACAUAUCUUGGGUGAGACCAGCACUCAUUUGUAAACAUCAAUGGCCAGUCCUGACCCACUGUCCCUCACUCCCAACCCACUGCCCCCUAGGCCCCAGCCCCUCAGUGUUUAGGGCAGAGGAGGCCCGAAGCAGCCCCUUGCAGUCCAGAACUCUGACAGCUUGCAAGAGAAAAGCUGCAGUCUCCCACAUUUUUCUCCAUUUUUAAAGUCUGUUGAUCCAUUUUUUUAAAUUUGUUCAUGACACUUUCAUAUAUUCUUGCAACCCACUUUUGGGUCACAACCUACAGGUUGAGAAAUGCUGUUUUAAACUACACUUGAUAUCAGCACAUUCCUUGCAAGAAUUUCAUGUGGUUCAGAGAGAUUCCUUUGGGCCAGUUCAGACAGCUCCUGUCCACUGCCAUUUGUAAAGAGAGCUUUUCCAGGGAAUUUAAAGAUAUUCUGGGUGGCCAGCUGUAGAGAAUUCUUAUGCUUAUAGUGUGUAUAGGGUCUGAAAGAACAACAUACAAGAAUAACAGCCUUAAAGAUUAUUGUUAUUUUUCUAACUUCAAAUUCUUGAUCAAAACACCUCAUUCUGAGGAAUGAAUUUGCCUUGUAUUACCAUCCUCAUCUUACUUUGCUAGCUUUUCACCAAAAUUAUUUGCCCAUUGCAACCUAGCCAUUUCCUGUAGUUGUAUCUGACGUGUAUUAUUUCUGUAGUUGUACCUUUUUCUCUGACAAAUUAUUUCUCCAGAAUUAUGUCUCUUUCUUCUCUAUGUGGUGCCAGCUGAUAGUUGUCAAGUGGUCUGGAAAGUCCUGAAGAGCUUCAUAAUUAUGAGCUGUGGUGAUGCGCCAAAGCAAUCACAGUGCUUCAUUGUCUCAGAUGACCUGUAAGGGAGCAGUAUGAGCACAUACAGCUUCAUUGGGCUCCGCCUCCGCAUACAGCUGCUUAUUGCUACAGGGGAAGGCUGUGAUAUGAACUGUGGACCAGCCAUGAAAGACUCUUAAGUUCUUGGUGAGCUUACACCCCACUAAGCCAUAUGUGAAAACAGUGAAUGACAUCACAGGAUGGAUGUGGAGGCGGACUGGGAGUCUGAUAAUGACACUUGUGACACAGGUGAGGAGCAUUCAGAUGAGUCCAGCCAGACCUCUGAGCAGGGAGCUUGUAAAUCUAGCCUUCAGCUCAAGGUUGAGGUAGACUACUCACAACCAUCCAGUCGUAGUUGCAGCCCUGCUGGACCUUCAGGUAAGCAAGAACUCCCUGUAGAAUUACAGUGUGAAGAUGAAGAGACUUAUGAGACCUAUUAUCAGAAGAGAGGUGAGACCACAACUGGGGUCUUUGUCACCUCCAGCACCAACUUUGACUUGCAGUGUGAAGAUGAGGAUCUGGAACUCUAUUCCUCAGAGCAGUCAGAGGAACCUCAGGAUGGAUUAAGUGAGGAUGAUGAAAACACCAUUCUGAUUGAGGAUUUUGAUGAGGAGGAACUAGAGCCUAUCUCUGGAGAAGCUUAUCGAUGCAAGAAGUGUGGUACUUCUUUUCAGGACCUAAGUGAAUUAAAGGAACACAAGCAGAUCCACUUGACAGAGAAUUCAUACCGAUGCCCAGUCUGUGGCAAAGAGUUCUUCCGAGCUGCAAACUUACGAAUGCAUAAGCUCAUUCAUUCUAGUGAAAGGCCGCACAAAUGUCCAGAGUGUGACAAAGGUUUCAUCCGCACGGCAGAUGUCUGGAGGCACCUACGCAAUGUACACAAGAUAGAGCGCUCUAUGGUAAUUUUGGGAAGUGGUAUGGUUAGGAACCCAUGGUCCACAGUGCACCGAAACCAGCAUAGUAAUGGGGACAGUGAUCAACAGUUUUCAGAAAACCAGAAGUCUGGGGAAGAAGAGUCAAAAUGUUAUAUCUGCCCCACAUGUGGCAAAGGUUUCCGUAAAUCCAAUCUGCUAUCCAAACAUAAGGUGAUCCACCGGCAAGAUAAACCAUAUAAAUGCCAGGAAUGUGGCAUGGCCUUUGUCCAACUACUUAGACUAAAAAGGCACCAGCAGACUCAUUCUGGAGAGCGCCCUUUCUAUUGUGAAGAGUGUGGAGGGACUUUCACACGACUGGCAUCACUACAGCGCCACCAACGGAUCCAUACUGGGGAGAAACCCUAUUCUUGUGCUUACUGUGGUCAUUCCUUCACUGAGUCAGGUACUCUAAGGAGGCAUGAGCGAACACAUAGGAUGGACAAAUCUUAGUGUGUAGGCCUCUGUGAAUGCAGUCUCCAGUAUUUCCCUUUAUCUGAAUGAGACCUAUUCAGCUAUGUUAGAAGAUCUGCCCCAUGCUGCACACAGAGGCCAAUCCAGAGCCCCCUUCCUAAAGAUGGCCAGUAUAACCCUAGUAAAAAUACACUGCUGCAUAAGGAGCUCUAUGAUCUCUGACCACAAAGAUGGUGCUGACUGUUUUUGAACCCAUCCUUAUCAGUUAAAAAAGGAAAUAGCUUUCAUUGCCAUUGUGUAAUGGAGGAGAUAUUUUAAGCAUAAAGUCCCUCACAAGUGCUGUGUAUUGUCAUAAAUGACCCAACUGGUGGGUGGGAACCAAAUUCAGCUUUUCUCAAGGAUUUUAUUAGUUAAAUGAGUGAUUCCCAACCAGGGUGUCUCAGGAUCCUUUCAAGGGUGCAAUAUUAGCACGGUUAGGUGUGCAAACGUGAUUCACAAGGCAAACCGAGAAAUUUCAAAUAGGAAUCCAUAGCUUUAUGAAUAUUCUACUCUGUUGUGGUCUUUUUGAGCUCUUUACAGCAGAAGGAUUUGCUCUAUUAUUUUUUAUAGUAAAAGAAAGUGAAAACUAAGAACUUCAGGGAUAUAGUUUAUAGCUAUAUAUAAAACUAAGAGUUGGCAUUUUCCACAGAAUGCCACAAGUCUGUUGAGGGGCACCUCGAUUCCAUCAAGGGGUGCCUCAGGUCUGUUGAGGUUGAGAACCAUUGGCUUAAACAGCGUUCAUCUGCAGUCCUUGUCUCUGAUUUGGUUGGUAUUACUGUUUAAAAUGUGAUUGCUGUCUAGCACUAGAUUUGGAGAUCUGCAGACAUUUGUGAAGACUGCACAGUCCACUUAGUUGGAGCUGGCCCAUCCACACUUUCUCUUUGUGUGUUCUUUCAUGUUUUUUAAUGAAGUAUUUUUAUUUGAAAGAGAAGCAUUGUGUCUGUUGUUUUUAAAAAGAAUUCCAGAUUCUUAAUAAAUCAGACAGUUAACAGAUGUGCCUAUACAUGCUGCUUAUGUAUUGCCUAAGGGGAUAUUUGGGGUUGUGUGUCUGAAUAAACAUUGUUUCACUGGACUGCUGUGGGAAUCAGGCUGUUGAAUCACAAAUCACAAUCAGGCUGCUGUGGGAAUCAGGCUCUAUAAUAUCUGUAGAACUUAGGUCAAACUUUCUACAAAGGUCAGGGAACCUUUCUUAUGUGACAUCCUGCAUCCACACAGCAGCUGAUCAAAGUGUUUUACAAGACCUGAUUGUAUCACGCUCUUGCAAUGCUUUCUAUGAGGGUCUUGGCUCAGAAUAAGGGUGAAGUUACUCAUUACACUUAAACAAUACUAAAGACACUUUAAAUGUAAGUGUCCGUAUAUUAAGGCUUGUUAACUCAUGCUAAAUACCCUCUAAAAAUUUAAAAGUUACGCUGCUUUAGGUGAAGCAAUAACUCUGGGCUGUGCUUCCUAGCUCAUGUUAGGGUAAUAGCAGUCUGCUCCACAGAGAUAAAGCAAUUUGCAGUCUUCCAGCAUCCCAGGAUACACUGCUCCCAGAGAGCAAGGAUAGAGCCCAGGUGUUCUGGCUCCUAGCCGUGCUCUAGUGGCAAGUCAGAGCUGUGCAGGUAAGCAACAGUAUUAACCCUUAAUGUACAACUGUUCUCAGCAUGUUCUCAUUUUAAUGAGGCUUAAUGUUCCACAUUUAGUAUAGUCUAAGUGCAACGUGUAACUUCAAGUCUAACUGCUUUAACUUGUAUCUUUUGACUGCAGAUAGGAAGCCAGUUGUUACAGCUUCACCAGUUCAGUUGGUCACUUUGAGCACCUGUACACGUCGGGUGUCUGCUUCAAAGCUUGCUA